AUGAGAAAGAAGGUGGACGAUCGUAUCCGAACUCUGAUUGAAAAUGGGGUCAAAUUGAAGCACCGGUCCAUGUUCGUCAUCGUCGGUGACAAGUCUCGCGACCAGGUUCGUCCCAUUCUGUCCUCUGAACGGCAACUAGCCCUUUCCAAAUUCUGUCAAAUCACUAGUCCCUUGUCGUCCUGUGCUAAAUGUCUGGUGGUGGUACUUCUUGCAGAUUGUGAAUCUCCACUAUAUGCUGGGCAAGGCGACUGUGAAAUCACGCCCGUCCGUUUUAUGGUGCUACAGGGACAAAUUGGAGCUAAGCAGGUCCUCCUUCCUUCUUUCUACUCAGCGCACUGAUUCUGUUAUAAAAAGAGGCUGUAUUUUUGGUCAGUUAUUUUCUAGUGCACUUGUAAACUUGGCAUGUAUGCUCUCCACCCUUGUCAGAUGAUCUUUUGAAAUGCCAAGUUCCCACUCGUGCCUCCUAAAGAUGCUUUUGAUGGCUGCGGCAUCUUGUAUGUAUUUACACUUCUGACAUUAUUCGACUGAAAUUUUCAGGCAUCGAAGUUUUGCCAGGAAGAGUCGAUGUAAUGGCAAUGGUUGAUGAAUAGAUGGUUUUUCAAUGAAUCCCGUUUAUCUUUACUUGAAAUUUUCAAAUAGAAAAUAAAAAAGAGAAAUAAUGACUAGAGGCAUAGUGGUUUGAGGUCGUCCUUCUUGGAAGUAGACUGCAUAUUUUUGAGAAAUUAUGGCUGUGUACUAGCUUCCAUAUUGUAAAAUUUUUAAUCUACAAUACAAAAUUUUAUGGAUACUGGACCAAAAUACCUGUUGACUUCUAUGAACAAGAAACGACAGACACCCUGCUCCAUGAAGCACCAGAAAAACAUCUUUACUCUCAUUAGUAUAUAAGCUCAUUGAAAAUUUUAUCUCAUCGUUGUAGUAGACAAAGGCUUCACGUAAAGAGAAGCGUCGUUAUGUGUAUAAGAUGGAUGGUGUUUUGGCCUGUGGUUUGCAUACUCUGCCUUACUGCUUGGCCAAAGGAACAUUUUCACUCUUUUAUUUUUGAGUUGAUGUCUCCCUCUCCAAAGCAUUCUCAUCCAAGUCUCCGCAGCCCAUUCGUUUACUAAACGUACCCCGUGGUUUCUUGGUCUCUGUAAGCUCUCAAAAGAGAUAACAGUUAGUUUGUGCGACCUGCGUUUUCCCCAUAUAAUGUUUCAAGUCAAAUCCAACGCAGAGAACAAGCCUUUGAUCAAUAAAAUUGGUUAUACAACCACUGGUUUGGGAAAAAUUCUCCUGGUGUUGGGUAUGUGGUCCUUACCCAGAUCAUUUUACAAAAUAGGUUACGGUCUGAUUUGCUUAGUACAAAUUACUUAAUGGUAUCCACCCUUAUCUAUCUACCUGGUGGCAAAGAUGGAGUGAGAUGGAAUCAUUCCAUCUUCGUUGGAAUCUUUUUGUUGCCCAAAGAAUUUGAAUUUGUUGUAGAAACUUGGGGUGGUUUUGGAUCUUCUCUGUUGCUGGGAUUUCUAAUUCAUCUUUUUAUAACUUUUGAUGUAUCCUUGCGUCAACUGUCUCCAUUCCACGCUCCCUCUCUGCUUCCUGCCAUCCUAGCUGAACCUUACGUUUCCCUCUCAAUUCCUGUUCCAUUGCUUUUCAUUACUCCUUUAUUUUUGGCUAUUUUCUCAUCGUAUGCUAAUUCAGUUACUUUUGGGAAACUGAAAUUUAUUGCUGUAAAAAGUUUCCAGGCUUCCUGGAAGGUUCUUGUGGAAAGUCAUCAAUGGCAAUUUAAAGUUCCCAUUCUUCUGUGAUGUUAUUUCUGUUUGUGGAUUCAGCAGAGUCAGUUCACAUUGACUAUGCUUUAUCUUUUUCUUAUUUUUAUCAAUCAUAUGCUCUACAUAUUAUCUACUCUUUGUUUGAAUGUCCGCCUUCGCGUCAACCUUUGUGGAGAAAUGCAGAAUGUGCAUCGUUUCUGAGAUUGCCCAAACCAUUGCUGAUUAUUAUUUCUCUAAAUUAUAUUGGCUGUUGAACUUGUCUCAUUCUAGGAUCUUUGCUUGCUUUGCAUUGCUAACUUAAUCUAUAUUUCAGUCACAAGAAGAAACGUGCGAAGCAGAUAAAAAAAUUGAUGCAAAGGGGUUUGUUGGAUCCUGAGAAGGUGGAUCCAUUUUCUCUUUUUCUUGAAAGUGGUGGCGUCAAUUUUUGCUUGUACAGGGAUUCAGAAAGAAUCCUUGGGAAUACUUUCGGCAUGUGCAUUUUACAGGUUGAGUUUUAAUCUACUGUAUUCUUUAUGAUAAUUUUCUUAUGCUUUCGGGAAUAUUUAUGUUAGUUUCUCAUGCUUUUUUAAUUUGCAGGAUUUUGAGGCUUUAACUCCUAACAUUCUUGCAAGGACUAUUGAGACAGUAGAGGGCGGUGGGUUGGUGGUCUUGUUGCUUCGUUCCCUUCCCUCAUUGACAAGCCUCUUUACUAUGGUCAUGGUGAGCAACUUUAUGUAAUUUUCUGCUUCAUUACUUGACAAUUUAUCUUGUAUUUUGAGUUUAAUUUCUCGAAUUUUUUUAGAUGUAGAUAGAAUUGAAGUGUCUUGCGUACAUUAGGUCAGGAUCUAGCCUAUCUUACUUAGAAAACUAAAAUGUUUUUGAUUUUUUAUGUCCAUGCCAAUGAAACUAAUCUUACUGUGAGUUUAGUUUGGGAAUGGUAAUACGCAUGCAUGGGAUGUCUGUGGGUCCUGACUCAAUCUUCACUUUGUAGUUUAAUUUGGACUGAAACUAUUUUUCUUCUCGUCCAGGAUGUGUCCCGUAACUCCACUAUGUACUGCACCUAAUACUAUCUCCUUUGCUACGUGGAUUCAGGCUUUUAAACCGUUUCAGAGCUACCUUUUUAGGUCAUUACAAGGAAUAAUCUAUUGACAAAACAAGCAUGUUAAACUGUUAUGAAUGGAUGGUGAAGUCUUGGUAUUACCAUCUCCUGGUGGCCGUCUGGUUACUAAGUCCAGGCUGUUUUAUAACUGGGCUAUCAUCUGUAGGAAGUAGCCGCAACUGACAGUAGAAGGCAUAUUUUGUUUUCUUAACUACAAGCAAGCAUCUAAAGUUGCUUGCUCCUAACGAUAACAGCAUCCCAUGGAGAAAUGCGCAAUAAAUAGAACUGUCACCCGAAAUGUUUGUCCUUCCCAUUACACUAAAAUGGGUGAUGGGGAAGGUCAAUUGUUUCCAAACUGGUGACAGUGGAAACAUUCGACAUAGGAGAGUUGGUGCUUCCAACACGAAAUCAACUUUUCUGACUCCAUCCUGUGGUGAAGACAUGUGAGCAUUUUUCCAAUGGAGGCAGCAGCCGGAGGGAUUCCAUCUUGCAAUGUGCUCUGAGACUCUGCUCAGUUUUUGUGAUAACCAUUUUGCUGCCUUCUAUUUGUGAUGAGGAUUUUAUUUUCAUUCAAAUUUAACUUAAUAUGUUUCUGUUUUCUCACCUCAUCUAUCCCAAAUCCGGAAUACAAUGUGGGCAUUACUUGCAAAAGUUUGACAGGAUAAUUAGUUACCUUGUUCAAAGCAUCUUUGUGGUAGCUUGUAAUAUUCUGAUGUCUUGUUGUUUACCUCAUUGAUGUUCGUUUUUGACCAAAGAAGAAAGUCUACAUGAGAGACAUAUGUCCGCCAUUUAUGUUUCAGAAGUGCACCUUUUUUUUUUACUGUUAUGCAUCCAUUCAAUCAUGUUGAGAUCUGCAUUCGUCCAUAUGCUUCUGGAUUUGUCACUUUUCCUGUUACAAGUGUCUAAAGAAUCUUAUACCUUGGCCUAAAUGCAAUAUUGAAAGAAUAUCUUAUAACCGUUUGUUUCCUUUUGUCUUGAAAGAAAGGUAUGUCUAAAUCAUGUAUAUCAUAAAAGUAUCCUUAUUUUCUAGAUUUUUCUCUCUUCACAAAAAAUGUUCAUUAGAGGCAUAUUGUGUGUCCUUCAAUCUCAUAUAUUUAAUCCUUCGACUUGAAGAUAUUUUUGGAAUUUACCUUGUUCGAUUAUUUUAACCUCAGGACGUUCAUGAGAGGUUUCGAACAGAAUCACAUACUCAGGCAACGGCAAGAUUCAACGAACGGUUUUUGCUAUCUCUUGCCACAUGCAAGGCAUGUGUAGUUAUGGAUGAUGAGCUCAAUAUCUUACCUAUAUCAUCGCACAUGAGGUCAAUUAAACCCAUCACAAUUACAGAGGCAAGUUUUGUUUCCUCUAAUUUUCAUUUUAUAAACUCUAUGUUGAAUCCUGCCAGCAUUGAAUUUUUCUUUGUAAAAUUGAGAUAAAAAUGUGAAGCAUAUGAAAGUUGUGAAAUAUUGAGGAUAUCCCGCAUUCAAAGUUGAUUUGUUUAGAGGAGACACCCUCCUUAAGCUCCAUUGUAAACGUCAACGAUGCAAUGGAAUCCUGCGAGUUGGUAAGACCUGCGACUCAAUCCAAAACUCACGUCAUAGACAGAAGAAAAAAUGUAUUUAGCAGUUAAUGGUCACCAGAAACAUGUCUAGUGUUAUCUUCAUUAUACACAAGUUGAUCCUGUGGAAUAUAGAUUAGUUAAACUGCUAGGUUUUGAAUUUUGUCAUCUGACUCCGGAAAGGGCACUCUAAUAUAUCCCUGAACAUUUAAAAUAUCCUCAGUUUGGAUUAAGUCAGUAUAUUUAUGAAGUCACUGGUUCCUGGCUGGGCUGCUAUUAGAACUGCCUCUUACCGGCAGAUGGUAAAUGAAGAAGAAAAAGAGGAAAGGAAAGGGCAGAGGAAAAAAACUCACCUGUAGCUGCUGCCAGGCUCUGUCAGUCACUGCUGGCUGCAAUUGCUGCCAGUGGCCAUUGGGUGCAGCAGCUGCAGGCUGGCUAACUGCCCUGCUAGUGGCUCCCACAUGUUCCUCAUGUAACUACGAUAUUUGUACAUUGAUGAAGAACUUUUGCAUCCUUUUAGUAAAUAUUACUAUAUAUAGACUUAAACAUCCGAUCAGGCCUCCACACUCGCUCAUAUGUUUUGAUCACCAUUUAUUAAAAAAAAAUCUUGCGCCUCCCUCUGUUGACGUAAGAUUGACUGGAAGUGUUAUGCAUCCUGACGAUUUUUUCUUAUUUACUCUUUGUUAAUUUUUUCCUCAAAUGAGACACCAACUAUUACCAUUUACUGAGCUUUGUGCGGAACAAUUAGGUUAAUGUGUAGUCAAAUUUAAAUGAGCACUUCAGUCUCAUGAGUGUGCACCAAGAGCCUUACCUAAGGUUGGUAACAGUUGCUAUUGCCCCACAUUAAAUAAAUGGAAUCAGUCCAAGUAUAUAUAUGAUCCUUCAAGUCUCUCAUGGUCUCCUGUAUAGUUCAACAUUCCAUUUCUUGAAUUGUCAAAAAUAUUUGGCUCCAUAUGUGUGUCAGAUAUUUUUGGGUAAGCAAUAGUGAAAUAAAAUUGGCAAAAUCUAAUCGUUUUGAGGAUACAGUUAUGCUUAAUACACUAUUCGUUACAAUUAUGUUUAACUUUACAGCCAUUCAUUUAUUUAUUUCUCUUUUUUUUCCCCCUUUUAUUUUUGUCUUGCGCAGGAUUCAGAGGGGUUAUCUGAAGCAGAACGCGAUCUAAAGAACUUAAAAGAGCAACUUCAUGAUGAUUUCCCUGUUGGCCCAUUGGUUGAGAAAUGCUGUACUAUGGAUCAGGUAACCCCGAUAACGAGGUCUAAAUAUCAUAUUUUACUGGUUUUACUGAGGUUGAUUGAAUCAGAAACGAGGAAUUGAGUACAAUUGAUGAUAAAUUGUCCAUUGAAUAGGGAAAGGCUGUGAUAACGUUCCUUGAUGCUGUUCUUGACAAGACACUUCGUAGCACAGUGGCAUUGAUUGCUUCUCGUGGACGUGGGAAAUCAGCUGCUCUUGGUCUUGCGAUUGCAGGGGCCAUUGCCACAGGGUUGUCUAUGCCACCAGUCUGGCAAUAAGCUUUUUCUCUUCUUUAUGUGUUCGUAAACUUAACAACCAUAACUUUUUUAUAGGUAUUCCAAUAUAUUUGUGACGGCCCCUAGUCCAGAGAAUUUGAAAACAUUGUUUGAUUUUGUCUGCAAGGGUCUCAAUUCUCUGCAGUAUAAGGUUCGUGGUUAAAAUAAAGAUUGUACUCUUUCUAGUAUUUUCCUUUCGUUACACGAAUAUUCCUUAUAAAAGGUGUGUGUAACAAAGGAAAACAAACUCGCAGAGUGAUAUUAGUACUAUCGCUAAUGUGCCCAGCCUUAAUCUAAGCAAUACUACUGUUCUACUCGUCCAGAGCAACACUACCUAUAAUGGUCUCAACUUUGGAAUGGAGAGCGUCUAUAUCCACAGCAUUACCCUUCCAUAUCGUUAUGGCCCAUGAAGACAAAGGCAGAUUGUGUUUUUCCUUAUUUCUUGAACUGAUAGCUUAGGAACCUUCGUGUCCAUUGUCCAUGGACACAACUUCUGACCUUAUGUCUUUUUCUUUUAUCUCUCCUCUCUCCCCUGUCUUCAACGUGCCGCGUCAUUUUUACAGUUAACUCUUAUGGAGGUCAAUAUUUCACGAGGCCAAGUUGUAAUCCAUUAAAAGCGAAGCUUUUACCAUUUCAUGCUUUUCUGAUUAUCACUUUUUGGCUGUCGCAUCUAUCUUCAAUGUGUUACAUCACCCUUACGAUCUACUGAAUAGAGACUUUUUUCAGGAGCACUUACAUUAUGACGUUGUGAAAAGUUCUGAUCCUGAACUAAAGAAAGCAACAAUUCGGAUAAACAUCUACAAGCAGCACAGGCAAACAAUCCAAGUAAGUAGCAUCUUUCACACUGCAUCCAAGUAAUGAUUACUGAUGCAUAUUGUUUUAUAUGUUUGGUUAUUUUUUGUUGAAAUCUAAGUUAUAGCAGGGUACUCUCCAAAAAAUGUUGCAUCGUGAAGGUGGAAUUGGACCUUCAUAUAAACCUUUUGCGUUCUGGUUUCUGAUUUUCUUCAACAUAUAGUGUAGGGUUCUAUAAUGUCUUACGUUCAGUUUUGUGACUACAAGACUGACGAAUCAUUUUGUGUUACCAUUCACAGUAUAUACAACCACGUGACCAUGGGAAGCUUUCUCAAGUUGAACUUCUUGUCAUUGAUGAAGCAGCGGCCAUUCCAUUACCAAUUGUAAAGUCCAUGCUUGGGCCAUAUCUUGUGUUUCUCUCAUCUACUGUCAAUGGGUAUGAUAUCUUUUUUUUUGGCCUACCUUUAAUUUAUUGAAUAUUGCUUUAGGGAAAGAAGACCAUUUCCUCUUUGGAAUCUCCACACUGCUUUUGUCCCAUUCAUCUUCAGACUACCCGUCAAUAUAUUUGAAAUCUGUCACCAUGUCAUAAACAUUAGAAUACAGACGACAUAUGGUCCCACAUCCUCAGGAUGCUUCAUUCAUCAGGAAGCAGCAUCCUUUUUUCAUGGCUGUUAACUUAGAUAUGUCAGUUUCCUAAGUGUCGUGUAUUAUAUAUUCAUUUUUUUAACUCUUGUAAUUUUAUCUAUGAUAGUGCUGGGUUUGCAUCUUAACAUCAUUUUAAUAUUCUUGUCAAAAGAUAUGAGGGGACAGGCCGCUCUUUAUCAUUGAAGCUUCUCACUCAAUUGGAGGAGCAAAGUGUGACUGUGGUGAAGAGCAUUGACAGUGCUCAUUCUGGUAAGCAAAAAUUAUCAAUGGCAUAGUAUUUUUUACCAAUCUAAAGCUUAUUAGCAUCAAUCAAAAUAGUUUGAGCACUUAGUUAUCAGUCAGAAUAGAACUUUAGGUAAUUUAUCAACAAAGUACUUGUAUAUCAGUAAAGUCACCCGUUUCCAAUGUAGCCUUUUGUUGACUUUGAGUUGCAGGAGUCUUAUCUUUGCUUCUGCGAUGCUAAAACAAUGGGCAAGAGUGUGUUCUAAUGAAGAAGGAAUUGAUUCUUCUAUUUUGAGAACCUUGGUUCGUAGUAUAGCCUUCAUCUAUCAGAUUUUCCCUGCUUUUAUGGAGGAAGUCGUUUAUGGCUUCUGACUAUGCAUGCAGUUGAUAUAUCUGCAUGUGUUUUGCACAUUUAAUGGAUUUGUACUAUCCAUUUUAAAUAAAAGUGAAUGAGCAUUACAACUCUGAGUUAGUCUUCAUUUUGCUGAUAAAAUUACUUGAAUAUUUACCUCGUGGUCUGCUUUGUCAUUGAGUCAUCCUGGUUGUCUCGAUGUUAUAUGUGUCCUACCAGGUGAAGUAUGGAAUUUAGUUGUCUUUUUAUUUUUUAUAUUUUUUGGGACAUAUCACGGGGAAUUUUGCCUGAAUUUGCCUGGAAACUUAUUACCAGCGGCAAAUUUCCUGCCCAUCACUCCGUGAACAAUCAGGACAACUCAAAGUUAGCAUUGUUCCCAGUUGUUGGUUUGUGCAAAUCUCGAGGUAUAAGAAAAUUAAGAAUUAUCUCUGGACAAAGUGUCUCCCUAAAGCUAGUCUGGCCAAAUAAGCGGCCUCAUCAUUUUUUAAUGCAAAGUGCAUUGUCUUGGUAGACAAUAUUUGAUUAUCACUCUAUUUUGAAAUUCAAGUCAAUCUCAUGAAAUAAGCAAUGCAUACAUCGUUCGUAGGACUAAAUUUUUGUAUUUACUUUAUGAAUCUUGACAACAAGGAAUUUGAUGACUUGAAUUUUUCAUUUACUUUCUCACAUUGUAUCAGGCAGGCUUUUCAAGAAGGUCGAAUUAAAUGAGUCAAUCAGGUAUGCCUCUGGCGAUCCAAUUGAGUCUUGGCUUAAUGAUCUCCUCUGCUUGGAUGUUACGAAAUGCGUUCCAGCUAUAACCAGGUCAGUGUGAUACUAUGGGAAUUUUGCUUUAUACAAUAAUUAUUGGCAUUAUUCUUAAGGUUUUUCCAUCUUCGUAGACUUCCUCAUCCAAGCGAAUGUGAUCUCUACUAUGUUAAUCGAGACACACUGUUUUCGCAUCACAGAGACAGUGAAGUAUUUCUGCAGGUAAAGUGAUCUCAAAACACACUUCUCAUUUUGCACCACUAUUAUCGUUUUGAACACUUUCCUUUUUUGUGAUUGUUACAGCGAAUGAUGGCCCUUUAUGUUGCUUCUCACUACAAAAAUUCACCAAAUGACUUACAAUUAAUGUCUGAUGCUCCCGCUCAUCACCUAUUUGUGUUGCUCGGUAUGACUUACAAUUAAUUUGUUAUAUUCUCUUAUGAUCUGGUAGAUAUUUAUUUUUUUCUGAUUAUGCAGAAACUCGAUUGGAUUUCAUGAGACAUUUUAUAUUAUUAUUUGACUAACGGUCUGGUUUCAUAUUAUUCCCUUGACGUGAGCUAUGGUUUAUCUUCAGGUCCCGUUGAUGAAUCAGUAAAUCUGCUUCCCGAUAUUCUUUGUGUCAUUCAGGUCUUAACUAUCUCUAUUUUUAUACUUUAGGAAUGCCUUUGUGCUUCGACCACCUUGGAUUUUCUCUAAACUCACUCUUUUCCAGCACCAAAACAUUUCUGAUUUCAUGUUCUUCACAGGUCUGCCUUGAAGGUCAAAUUUCAAGGAAUUCUGUCUACAAAAGUAGAAGUGAUAAUAUGUAUCCUUCUGGGGAUCAACUAGUUUGGACAUUUGAGAAACAAUUCCAAAACGAUGAUUUUCCAACCCUAUCAGGGGCCCGAAUUGUACGCAUUGCAGUCCAUCCAAGUGCCAUGAAGGUAGUAAACUGAUAAAAUUGUGAGAAAUCUUAGUGAAUACAUUUCUUCUGAUAUUUUUUGCAUUCUUUCGUGAUGCCAGCUCGGUUAUGGCACAACUGCAGUAGAGCUCCUUACGAGGUUUGUCCAUCUGAUAUUAUGUUGUAUGACAGAAAGCCCAUAUACUUCUUCAUUAUUUAUAAGUUUUCGUAUCUGAAAUUGAUUUGGUGUGGGAAAUUAGAGUUGUCAACUUUUGAUUUCUCUGUGUUUGCUGGUUAAUCUGGGAAGAAGUACUGUGGUUCCUCAGCCAUAGAUUAGCAAUUAAGUAGCCUUUUAAGAAAAUAAGGAUAACAAAAGCAACAAAGCAAAGUAAAAUAAAUGAAACAAACAAGAAGUUAUUAAGUAACUAAAUGGUCCUAGUGCUCAAAAUAUGAUCUAAAGGUGGUCAGAAGGAGGAUCAUGAAGGUCUUCUAAAGUGAAUAAAUUUUAAUUAGCUUUUGAGGCAACAUUUGCCAAUAGCACCAUAGUUCCAGAGGGCUUUAACCCUCACUAGGUAUGAGGAUCCUGAUAUUUUUAAAAGAGGAUAGUGUAUUUGCUGUGAAGUUUUCCCUAUUUUAUUUUUUCUAUUUUUGGCAAUUUUUUUACUUUUCUAAUUGUGUAGUUAUGCAUAGCAACAGUAGAGAAGCAGAGCUUCAGUUCUCCCGAUUCUCUCUGUUCUUGAUAUAGUAUUAGAGAUUUUCUAUCCCUAAUAUUGUAUCAACAGUAUUAGAGAUAGAAAAACAUUUAAACGAUUGUGCUCUCAUCAGUCAACGAUUGUGCCCGCCAUCACCUACCUCGAAAAACAUUUUCUAUCUACAGUAUCCACCUUUGUGCUCUCAUCAGUCAACGAUUGUACAGUUGCACUUCCAGGGUUCCCAGAUCUCACUACUCUAAGUGGCAAUAUGGCAUUUAAACGGGUAUUCUGGAGAUCAAUCAACUUCACUCUUGUUGAUGUCAGCAUUUUCGCAGCUGAUGAUAUUAUCCAUACAGAUCAACAUUGACAAAUAAUAUGUAUCCGAUGGCCUUUCACCAAUCCGAUCACAACCUUGUCAUCAAUUUUUUAUAUGAUAUUGUUCUGCACUCCUGCCGCAGUCCCAUUUUCCAACCCUUAUCCUUUCUUUGGUAUUUGUGUGUCACCCUUUCUUGCCCAUUAUGUAUGUCAUCUACUGCGUGUUACUAUCUUCAUGCCUACGCCAACGUUGACGAGACUAGUGAUUCUAUUGGUUCUCGUUCAUUGCGGCAUUCUACCUCAUUCUAGGUCCAGCUUAUCUCUUGGAAGAGCAAGAAGCAUGCUAUUGUCUCUCAUUCAAUCAUUGAGGCUUAAUAUCAUGCUGUGGCUCAUGCCUUUGUCGAGGCAGUCUAGCUCUGUCGUCUUCCUCAACACCUAGGUGUAGUUUGUUCAGCUCCCACUUUGACUUGUUGUGACAAUAGGAGUGCCCUUCAAAUCUCUAGCAGUAUUCUCUCCCAUGAGUGGAUCAGGCAUAUAGAUAUUGAGUAUUAUUUUUUCUAUCAACAACAUUCCCUCUGUUACAUCAUCUCUUCCCCAUAAUGUUUUUCCUCUGUAGCUUUCAGGCAUGCGUAAUGAGUUUCAGACAACUUCACACUUCAGAGUUUGAGUGGGUGCCUCAAGAGAGGAUAUUCUUACAUCAUUUUUAUAGUCUUUUACAUUGUAGUCCAAUAAGAUAGCGGAGUAUUUUAUCAUCCUCUAGAACUUAGUAUGAUGAAAAUUUUGGGGUUCUUUGCCCUAAUUUCUUUGAGCAAGAACGCAGUGAAUGGUUACAUCUUACCAUGGAUCCAGCUGAAAGAGCCAGUGUUUGUAGCUGUUCUCAGAGCUCAAUCAUGAAUCAUUGUGGAACUGUUUUUUCUGCAGAUACUACAAAGGAGAGCUGACAUUUUCUGAAACGGAUCCUGAAGAAACUAAGGAAAUGAAGGAAGCUCGAGUCAAGGUCACUGAGGCUGCAGAGAAGGUAAGGCUCAGUUGAAUGGCAAAGACUUAACCCUCCUUCCCCCACACACAAAAAUGGAGAGAAGAAAAAUGGGAAAGUCUUUAUUGGGCUGCUUAAUUAAUCUCAGUCUGUUAAUAUCCUCUUGCCAGGUUUCAUUGCUUGAGGAAACUGUGAAGCCCAGGGAAGACCUCCCUCCUCUUCUCCUUCAUCUUCAUGAGCGGCGACCAGAGAGGCUCCACUACCUCAGUGUAUCAUUUGGACUAACCUGGGAGCUAUUUCGCUUCUGGAGAAAACAUAAGUUUGCCCCCUUCUACAUCAGCCAAGUUCCAGUUACUGCCCUCCCCCAGUGGGUACAUUCUUCAGGGAAAUGCUUAAUCUCUCUACCCCUUUAUCUCCUAACUAGGCUUCGUCUAUCUUUUCGGUAGAAUGCCGAGACAGGUGAGCACACUUGCAUGAUUGUAAAGCCGCUGAACAACGACGACAUAGAUGAUGGCGAUAACAGUGAAUAUGGCUUUAUGCUUCCAUUCUACCAAGGUGAUCUCCUGAUGGAGCCUGCUCAUCUCAGCAAUGCCCACCACGAAAAAGCAUUUCUAGUCUUUAAUCAUAGCUUGAUACUUGCUCUGCCCUCAGAUUUCAAGCAGAGAUUUACCCGUCUGUUGCGUUAUAGCUUUCGCUUGAUGGAUUACAAGCUUGUGAUGGGGUUGGUCUCCCGGCCUCACUCUGUUCCAAUUCCAUCUUCUUCUAGCUAUCUCUUUCUUCCCUUUUUUUUUUUUAACUAUGAUGCUCUUGUGGCAGCGUCUUAGCCCCAAAGAUUUCCUUCAAGGAGGAGGAGGAAUCUGUCUCUUCUCUAUCAGAUGUGGCCAUGAGGUCUCUCAGAGGCCUCUUGUCGGCACAGGAUAUGAAACGGCUGCAAGUUUACAGCUCCAACAACUUUUCAGAUCAUCAUCUGGUAUGAUACGCUUGCUGUCUUCACAUUCAUGUUCUUGUAGCUCUUCUUCAACGGCCCUCCAUCCCACUUCUGGCAAAAAGAUGACCUUUGGUCAACCCCGGUUCAUGCUUUUGGGCUUACUUUUAGUAAGCCCUGUUAUGCCAAGAAAUCACGUUGACCUUCUCUGGGUAGUAAGAAAUCACUCCAACUUUAUCUGGGCUUUGCCAUAAUAAGCACGUUGACCUUGUCUGACCUUGUCUGGAAACUUCCAAAGUGCGUGUUUAGGAUUGAAAUAGAUGACCGUUUGCGUACAACCUGGUCAACGAAGAUCACGAUUUCAUGUCCGAAACUUACCGAUUGUGUGAGCAGUUGUAACAUGGGCGGCGGUUUUAUACUGCAGAUACUGGAUCUUGUUCCGAUCCUCACUUAUGAGUACUUCUUGGAGAAGCUUCCUGUAUCCCUAUCCGCCGUCCAGGCCUCCAUUCUACUGUGCUUGGGCUUGCAGAACCAGGACAUCAAUUACGUUCAGGUAAUUCUUUUAUCAGAGAGGAUCUCUUAACGGAGUUCAAGAGUCAACGGUUGUUCUUGAGUUUUUUUUUUAGCUGUCGACCUUUGGAAGUAAGUUCUGAGGUUGACUGAGCAAUGCAAAGCUCAAAAGUCAGCUCCAGCAAGAAGAACCCCAUAUUGCUUAUUUUGGAAAUAGGGUCCUGGUCGGAUGGGUUGACUUUAGACGUGCUGACACCCCCUGCUUGCACAGAGGGAGAUGAAGCUGGAAAAGUCUCAGAUAUUUCAUCUGUUCAAGAAGGCGCUCAAGAAGUUCUUCAAGUUCCUUUAUGAGGUCGCCAGCAAGGACAUGGACGCGAAGCUCCCUCGUCCAAAGGAGGUGAUCAUCUCUCUCUCUCUCUCCCUCUCUCUCUCUCUCUCUCUCUCCUUCUUCUGACUACAUCACCUCGUGCUUUUAUUGGCCGAAGAUCGUGAUGACUCCUCACAGCACAUCGGUGAACGAAGAUCUCGAAGAAGGAGCCAGGGAAGCGAUGGUGGGUGACCCUACGAAGCUCUGCUUCUAUUUAUGUGAAUAUACCCAGAUCGGCUCUCUGAGAGCCGAGCUUACUGAUGGCGUUGCUUUGCUUUCAGAAGAAGCUCAAGGCCAAGGAUCAUCGACUUGGGGAAGAAGACGAUGACGGCGCAGGCGAUGGCUUAGAGAGCAAUUCUCUGCAUAUUGGGGCUGCUAAGAUUCCGCCAAGUGGCAUCAUCAGCGUGAGGUCAACCAGACCCAAGGCGGAGAAGAAUGGGACGACUGAGGAGGUCAACGCCAGUAGGAAGAAGAAGGGGAAAGGAGACAGCAAGCAUAAGGGAGACAAGAAGAGGAAGAGAAAUCCCUGA